GCUGAAUGUGUUGCUGAUGAUACUGCCCGUCUCCAAAACCCUUUACGUGGAAGAGUUUUAGGGGUUGCUGUGCAGAUCCAUGGACGUGGACCCCUAUGCCAGCAUGCAGGUUGGGAUGCGGGUAGUUCGUGGAGUGGACUGGAAGUGGGGCAGCCAGGACAACGGCGAAGGGAAUGUUGGGACUGUGGUCGAGAUUGGUCGGACAGGCAGCCCAACCACUCCAGAUAAGACUGUGGUCGUGCAGUGGGAUCAAGGCAACAGAACCAAUUACCGGACUGGAUUCCAAGGGGCUUACGACCUUCUUCUGUAUGAUAACGCACAGAUAGGUGUCCGUCACCCUAACAUCAUCUGUGACUGUUGCAAGAAGCAUGGCAUACGGGGGAUGCGGUGGAAAUGCAAAAUGUGUUUUGACUAUGACUUGUGCACACAGUGUUACAUGAACAACAAGCACGACCUGUCCCACUCCUUCGAACGCUAUGAGACGGCACACUCGCAACCAGUCCUAGUGAGUCCUCGACAGAAUUUGACUCGCAUCACCUUAAAAGGGACUUUCCAGGGUGCUAAAGUAGUCCGUGGCCCUGACUGGGAGUGGGGUAACCAGGAUGGUAAGCUGCUUUUGAGAUGUCCUAUAAAACAUCUUUUCUUUUUUUUCUUCUUUCUUUUUGCCAAAUUGCUAGUUGAAAAUGCAUCUGCUGAGCAGUAGCUUCUAGGGGAGCUGUUCAGAUCAUGCAGGUUGCUGUUCUUUA